GUGGUAGAGAGAGGGUAGACCAGGGUCAUGAGAAGCAGAACUGAAACUACGAUGCAGUCGCCUUGUUCCCUUCCAGAUCUCCAAGUACUGGUCUGAGUGAUGCUGUUCUAUCGUUUCCUCCUAGUAAGUCCUGAGAUAGAGACCCAGCAUGUUCGGUAAACAGGCCAAAGUCCCACAUGUGACCUUCCGCUAUACACCGACAGCUCUCUGGAUCCUGUGAAUCCAAAAGGAAGUUGGAAUCUACCCUGGGGCUUAGCGUUCAAGCCAGGGAACCACCUUACUGGGAAAAAAUGACAUCCCUGAGGGUGAGGGUGACCUAUCUUUCGCUGGUGCUCCUGGGAGCCCUGUGUCUGUACUUCAGCAUGUGCAACCUGUCUGCAGUCCAAGAGGAGCUGUACGUGUUCAGGAGAGAGAACGGGGGCUUCCUGCAGCUCCCCGAGCUCGACUGCGAGCAGAACCCCCCCUUCCUGGUCCUGCUGGUGGCCUCGGCCCAGGACCAGGCGUUGGCUCGCUCUGUCAUCAGGGGCACCUGGGGCAGAGAAAGGCUGGUGAGAGGGAAACGCAUCAAAACGCUCUUCCUCCUGGGGGCCGGCCCCAACAAGAACCUCCUGAGGAAAGUGUCCCAGGAAGGCCAUCUUCACCGAGACAUCAUCCAGAAGGACUUUGUGGACACGUACUACAACCUGACCCUGAAGACGCUGAUGGGCAUGGAGUGGGUCCACCGCUUCUGUCCCCAGGCGGCUUUCGUGAUGAAGACAGACACGGACAUGUUUGUGAACGUCUAUUACCUGACUGACCUGCUUCUGCAGAAGAACAGGACCGCCCAGUUCUUCACGGGCUUCUUAAAGAUGAACGAAUUCCCCAUCAGGAAGAAAUACAACAAGUGGUUCGUGAGCAAGUUCGAGUACCCGUGGGACAAGUACCCCCCCUUCUGCUCGGGCACCGGCUACGUCUUCUCCAGCGACAUCGCCGGGCUGGUCUACAACGUGUCCGAGAGCGUCCCCUUCCUGAAGCUGGAGGAUGUCUUCGUGGGGCUCUGCCUGGCCCGGCUGGGGGUCCGGCCGCAGCCCCUGCACACGGAGCAGACCUUCUUCCCCGAGGGGCUGUCUUUCUCCCCGUGCCGCUUCAGGAAGGUGGUGGCCUGUCACUUUGUCAGGCCGCAGGACCUGUUGAGCUACUGGCAUGCUCUGGAGCGCUCCCUGGGAGACGCCUGCCCUGGGGCCUGAAGACACCCAGACACACCCCAAGGUGGCUUCUGCAGCAUGUGCGGUGGUCCCUGGCACCCACGGGGGAUGGGCAGGAGGGAGGGGCAAGGAGGCUGCUCUCCCGUGGGAUCCAGACCUGAGCCGAGUGGGAGACCCAGGGAGAGUGGGGGCUUCAUGCCCACUGGGGGCUGUCUCCUGGGUGUCUGUGCCUCACCCACACCUGCAAUCUCUCUCUCUCUCUCUCUCUUUCUCUGCCAUCAGGGUUACCACUAGGGCUCAGUCUCUGAAUGACUUUACCAUUUUCUUCUUCUUUUUUUUAAUAUUUAUUUUCCCCUUUUGUUGCCCUUGUUAUUUUAUUGUUGUAGUUAUUGUUGUAGUUACUAUUGAUGUCAUUGUAGUUGGAUAGGACAGAGAGAAAUGGAGAGAGGAGGGUAAGACAGAGAGGGGGAGAGAAAGACAGACACCUACAGACCUGCUUCGCCGCCUGUGAAGCGACUCCCCUGCAGGUGGGGAGCUGGGGCCUCAAACCGGGAUCCUUAUGCCGGUCCUUGCGUUUUGCACCACGUGCGCUUAACCUUCUGCACUACCGCCCGACUCCCAACUUCAGCAUUUUCAAUGAUCACUUUUCUCUCCCCUUUAAUUUAUUAUUGAAUAAAAAUCUUUUUAUUUAUUUAUUAUUGAAUAGAGACAGAGGAAUUGAAAGGGGAGGGUGAAAUAGGGAGAGAGACAGAGAGACACCUGUAGCCCUGCUUCACUGCUCACGAAGCUUUCCCACUGCAGGUGUGGACCAGGGGCUUGAACCUGGGUCCUUGCGGACUAUAAUGUGUGCGCUCAACCAGGUGCACCACCACCUGGUCCCACACCCUGACUUUCCUCUACAAAUGGGCUUGUUGCUCAGUCCCUGCAGAGUGACAGCAAGGAACCCAGCUGUGGGAUGGGAAGGCCCUGGCACUGGCCCUGGAGGAGGCAGACGCCCGCCCAGGAUGCCCGACCACGCUGUGGACUCCAUGGAGAUCCCACAAAGCAGGGUGUGUCUGCACCCUGAUCUGUGUGGUGAACUCUGGCCGGGGCACCCCUCCCCGGUGCCCUGGGAGCCUGACCACACACCCUUGAGAGUGAGGGUCUGUCCCCAACCACCAGGGAGUCAGGCAUGUUCCCACACAGGCCUGAAGAGGAAGGGAGAGGGGCUGGCUGAGUGUAUGUGGCCGCCUUGCACAUGUGAGACUCUGGGUUCAUCCCCAGAGCUGCAUGGGGGACAGGAAAGAGCUCCAGGAGUGUGUGGUGGGGCUUUGAUCUCUCUCUUCCUCAUCUUUUUAUAGUUUAUAUUUAUUUAUUUAUUUAUUUGAUAGAGACCGAGAGAAAUCCAGAGGGAAGGGGUAGCCGGGGGUGGGGUGGGGGGAGAGACACCUGCAGACCUGCUUCACCAAUCUUGAAGCUUCCCUCUCCUGUAGAUGGGGAGCUGGGAGGCUCGAACCUGGGUCCUAGGGCCUGGUGGUAACAUGCACACCCAGCCAGGUGAGCCACCGCCCGGCCCCCAAGCAGAAGCUUCCCCUCUGUCAUUUUCUCUACCUCUCAUUCUAAAAAAUAAAAGAAAAAU